CAGUAUAAAUGGACAGCAGUAAUAAUGUGGCUCCGUAGCGAAAAGCGAAAUAGAGGUUUUCAUAAAUUCUCUCUAUGCACCAAGACGACAAGAAAAACUUUGAGAAAGACUGGAUGGGCACCCAAAGCACGAACUGUCUCUUUAUAUACAAGCUGUAUCAAAACUUCAAGGAAGAAGCUGCACAAGAAAAAAGAGGUUUCAUUAACCAAUACAGUCACUGAAGAAUGCAAAGAAAACUAUCAAGUUCAAGUAGUUCCUGAACUAUAUGAAGAACCAAGCAAAGCCAUUGUAGAACCUUUGAAUGAUGCACCUCCACUUAAUAAUAUGUCAUCCCUAAAUGAAUGUUACAGUUACUUUGAUACCACAAUUUCAGGCACUAGUUCUUAUGAAGCACCACUCGAAACUGCAAAUACAGAUCUUCCAAAUGAAAUUGAAUAUUCAACAAUUGAAUUGAGCUCUGGAGAAGCAUACCCAGAAAGUUAUCCAGAUAGAAUGCAAUUUCACGUUACUGACAAAAAGUCAUGUGAAUAUCAAAAAGAUAAAUACAGCUUUGGGGUUGUCACAGAGAAAAUGUGUGAGAGCAUGUACUAUGAGUAUGCUCCGCCAAGAAAUGAAUAUCCAGAUCUACAAAUUGACAUUGGCGAUUUGAGUAAUGUUACCACACAGGAAUUUUCGAAUAUGCUUGAUGAAGAAAUUUCUAAAAACGUCAACAUCGCAAAUGUUGUGUAUGACUACACAACACUUUAUCCUCCAAAUAUACCAGAUAAUCACAUGAUAACUAGUGUUGGUCCCCAAGAGGUGGAGAGAUUAGAUAGGCAGCCAGAGCAUGUUGAGGUUGAGGAUACGUGGGAUGCUUUUGAUCCAUAUCUGUUCAUCAAGCACUUGCCUCCUUUGACAUUUGAGAUGAGAUCAAAGUGUCCAGCAUUGCCUCUGAAGACAAGAUCCAGUCCUGCAUUCAGUUUGGUUCUGGAUCUUGAUGAAACAUUGGUUCACUGCAGUCUACAAGAACUCAAAGAUGCCAGCUUCCACUUCCCAGUGCUUUUUCAAAAUUGUUCCUACACGGUUUACGUAAGAACUCGACCAUACUUCAGAGAAUUCAUGGAGAAAGUUUCACAGAUGUUUGAAGUAAUUUUGUUCACUGCUUCAAAGAGAGUUUAUGCCGACAAGCUUCUGAAUCUGCUGGACCCAGAGCGGAAGUGGAUCAAAUAUCGGCUUUUUCGCGAACAUUGUGUCUGCAUUAAUGGAAACUACAUCAAGGAUCUGUCCAUUCUCGGCAGAGAUUUGUCCAAGACCAUCAUUAUCGAUAAUUCGCCUCAGGCCUUUGGCUACCAUCUCAACAAUGGCAUACCAAUUGAAAGUUGGUUUGAAGAUAGAAGUGACUCUGAACUCAUGAAGUUGUUACCAUUUUUAGAAAAUCUUGUUGAAGUGAAAGAAGAUGUGAGACCUCUUAUUCGGAACAAGUUUAAGCUUUUUAGUUACCUACCUCCGGAUUAAACACUGCUACAUGGACAAUCUCGUAAAAAGUUUUAAUACUCUAGACUUUUCAUUAUUCUGUAAAAGUUAAAGUACUGACUAACCGGAAUCUCAUAUCGCGUGCCUUUUUCGAAAAAAAAUAAAAUAAAAUUGUUUAUGAAAUUAUGCCAGCAUAGUAAAAU